AAACCUUCGUAGCGUGUUCGGGUUCUUUUUUCAUUUCAGGUGCAAAUUCCCACGGUUCUACCUUUAGAGGGAAGUAACGAAAAAGUAACGAUCACUUUAAAAAAUGAUUUGGAACUCCUUCAUGAUGGGGUUUAUGUGGCUUUUGUUUUUCAUAAGCUUUAGUUUUAUCGAAAUGAGAAUUCUAAGGCAACCUAGUAGAAAUGAAUGGGAUCGCCAGGAAGAAAUAUUCGCAUAUCUUAUUAAUCCAGCAUAUUAUAAGCAUCGUUUGCGUCCAGAAGCAAAGGAAAAUACAGCGGUGAAAGUAAACACAAGCAUUUUUAUAUAUAGUAUCACAUCUCUAGAUGAACUUCAUACGGAAUAUACGAUGCAUAUAUUGUAUAGACAGAUGUGGUACGACAGCAGAUUAAAAUAUGACCAAAAUUCUUCCGUUCAAAUUGUGGGGGAUAACUGGCAUGCCGCCCGUAUAUGGACACCUACCAUCCACGUUGUUAAUGACAAAGAUAUUGGGUCGUUUGCUGGAGGCGCUGAAGGAACUGUACUACUGCACAUCGAUCCAGAUGGUUCUGUGAUGCUGAGUAAAAGGGUGAAGUUGAGACCGUUUUGCAAGAUGGAAUUCUAUAGGUAUCCUAUGGACAAACAACAGUGCACGCUAGAAAUAGAAAGCAGUGUUCUACCAAGUUCAGACUUAGAACUAGCCUGGAUGGAAGAGAAGCCUUUAGAUUUUAACAAAAAUUUCUUCCUUCAGGGAUUCCUUCUCACAAAUUACAGCCUGGAGCAAAGUAUAGCUUCUUAUAGGCAGACAGGAAAUUUCAGUCGGAUUACAGUACGUUUCGAUCUUCAGAGAGAAUUUGGACAUUUCCUGUUGGACAUAUAUAUUCCAAGUAUAUUAUUUGUUGUUACGUCAUGGUUGUCUUUCUGGGUGGAAAUUCCAGCUGCCCCUGCUCGAGUGACCUUGAGCAUGACCACGAUGUUAACGUUGGUCACCAGUGAAAAAGCUAUUCGAGAGAAACUUCCGAAAGUGUCUUACGUCCAUGCUCUAGACGUAUGGAAUGUAGUUUGUACUGGAUUUAUUUUCGCAUCCUUGGUUGAGUAUGCUCUUGUUAAUUACAUUUACCAUAAGGACAAACGAAGGAGGAAAAGGGCUAAUGGAAUGAAGAGGGCAGAAAGUACAGCAACAUUCUGUUCUAUGGACAGCGACACUGGAUCUACAUUCCGAAUGUUUGCGAAAAAGGGGGAAAGUCAGCAAGGCGAACCAGGUAUGCCCAACAAGAAAGCUGCGUCAUUCGCAUCUUUGUCCGAUAUGCAAAGUGUGCACCAAAUGGAAUGCGGUUGGCCUUUAGAUGAAUUCAAAAUGACGCCUCAGGAUAUUGCUAAUAGCAUUGACAGAAAAUGUCGAUGCAUAUUUCCCACCGGGUUUUUGAUCUUUAAUGUUAUUUAUUGGUUAGUUCUUUGGUUGUGAAGGAAAAAAUUAAGGUCAUUGCAAAAUGUUAAAGAAACAAAAGCAAAACAGAUGUAUGUACUACAUUCCAUCAUUAAGAAUAUAAGCAAUUAGCCAAGAGAAAAACUCAGUACGAAUUUAACUGUAUUUAUUAUGUACAUCCUUAGUCAACAAAGAAAGAUCUGUGCAGUUUUAUAAUGAAACAAUAAUGAAGUAAUGCGCUGUUUUAUUUGAUAAAUAAAGUUUCAGUGUUUUUAAAAACUGUAAAA